AUGGAAGAGGUGGACACUGAAUAUCUGCUUCCCAAAGCCAGGAGCCAGCUUUCCCAGGCCUUGAAUGGUUUGUCAGACAGAGCCAAGGAAGCAAAAGAGUUCCUGGUCCAGCUCCGGAACAUGGUGCAGCAAAUCCAGGAGAACAGUGUGGAGUUCGAGGCCUGCCUGGUGGCCCAGUGUGACGCCCUCAUCGACGCCCUCAACAGAAGGAAAGCCCAGCUGCUGUCCCGGGUCAACAAGGAGCACGAGCACAAGCUGAAGGUGGUGCGGGACCAGAUCUCCCACUGCACGGUGAAGCUGCGCCAGACCACGGGCCUGAUGGAAUAUUGCCUGGAGGUCAUCAAGGAGAACGAUCCCAGCGGGUUCCUGCAGAUCUCUGAUGCUCUCAUCAGGAGAGUGCACCUGACCGAGGACCAGUGGGGAAAGGGGACACUCACCCCCCGCAUGACCACGGACUUCGACCUGAACCUCGACAACGCCCCUCUGCUCCAGUCCAUCCACCAGCUGGACUUUGUCCAGAUGAAAGUGCCGGCCCCGCCGAUCCUGCAGCUGGAGGAGUGCUGCACCCACAACAACAGUGCCACCCUGUCCUGGAAGCAGCCCCCCUUGUCCACGGUGCAGGUGGAAGGAUACAUCCUGGAGCUGGAUGAUGGGAACGGCGGCCAGUUCAGGUCUUACUAUUUAGACACGCAGUCAGAAGAACAGACCCUCCCUUUUCCAGUGCCUUUGGAAAGAUCGCAGCUUCGUAGAAUGAGUCCUUUCUCCUCCACCCUUAACCUGCAACCCAGCUUCUCGGGGAGAUCCUACUUUGAGCUAAGAUCUUCGGCCCACCAGCUGAGCUUGCAUUCUUCCUUACAGUCCCUGAAUUCAGCCGGAUGCAAUUUUGACACACAAGGAUCGCCUUACUCUCAAUUAGUUGACAUUAAAAAAAUGGUGGCAGUGGCUUGGUUCUCUUUCGAUCCUUCCUCUGCCCACGCCGACAUCAUCUUUUCCAACGACAACCUGACUGUCACCUGCAACAGCUACGAUGACAGGGUUGUGCUGGGGAAAACGGGCUUUUCCAAAGGGCUCCAUUACUGGGAGCUGUCGAUCGAUCGGUACGACAACCACCCCGACCCGGCCUUCGGCGUGGCACGCAUCGAUGUCCUGAAGGAUGCCAUGCUGGGCAAGGACGACAAGGCCUGGGCCAUGUACGUGGACAACAACAGGAGCUGGUUCAUGCACAACAACUCCCACACCAACAGAACCGAGGGCGGGAUAACGAAAGGUGCCACGGUGGGAGUGCUGCUGGAUCUGACCAGGAGGACUUUGACGUUCUCCAUCAACGAGGACCAGCAAGGGCCCGUCGCCUUCGAGAACCUGGAGGGCCUCUUCUUCCCCGCCGUCAGCCUCAACAGGAACGUGCAGGUGACUCUGCACACCGGGCUGCCGGUCCCCGAAUUCUACGCUUCGCGCUCGGCCAUGCCGUGAGGAUGCUCCCGGAGCCGGCUGCCUCUUCUCGGGGUGAGAGGAGCCAGCCUGUUCCCUCCUGCAGGACAAGGCUGACCACGCAGCCGCUGGGGCCCUGCUCAGCUACCGGGGCCCUGCUCAGCUGCCAGAUCCCUGCUCGGCCUCUGGCCGGAGACGGGGAGGGAAAGCGGGAAGGAAGCCCCGGCUCUCGGCCGUCUCCGCUCUCCGGCCUCCGCGCUGUCCUGUGUGUGUGCGCUUCGCUCUUUAGCUCUUCCUGGCUGAUGAAGUACUUAGGUAGCCUGAGCUGUUCUCCUGUGUCCGCUUUUAGGUUUGGUUUCACUGAUUUCAGUUGGGGUUUUUGGGUGGGGGGCAGUCCCGUCUCGUUCCGCAGAGCGCUCUCCCCCCGCUCCGUGGGGCCGGACAGAGGGACCCCCACCACGGGAAAGCUUCCGCCCCUGCCAGCCCGGUUACUUUGCAGGAUAUUUCUUUCCCCUGUGGCCUUUCUUGCAGAGCACCCUCGGUCACGUGUAGAGGUGGGUCCUGGAUUACCAGUCAGUCUCCAUGUCCUUACCAAAACGCCCGACUCUGUCCCGUGUUCCCCUGGGGCGCAGCGGUGGGGCAGGGGUGGCCACCCUAUUCCCGGGUGCUCCAGGUGCUGGCAGGCCCUCGGGUCGACGCCAAGCACCCACAGGGAGGUUUCUUCCCUGGCUCCCCACACCCCAGUGCCAGCACACACGCCACAGCCAUAGGCCGGAGAGCCCUCACCCGGCUCUCUGGAGAUUAGUGUUUAUUUUUUUAUAGUUGCCAUAUAAAGCCUAGCCUUAAAUUGAACUGAUAGUGUCCUUCCUUCCGAUCACCGGAGAAUCCAUUCUGCAGUGAGGGGCUGACGGGGAGCCCGGGGAUGGGGUUGGGAUGGGAUGGGGAGGAAGGAGAGUGGCCACAGCCCUGCCACGCACUCAGGAAUACGCGCCCGCUGCCCUGCCUGCGCCUGCUGCCGGCAGCAGUUCCCGGCAGCCUCCACUCCCUACUUGACUUUCUGGUAAUUCAGAGGCAGGAGAGGACCGGGAGGUCGUGGGUGCCGUGCCCGGUGCCAGCCCCCAUUCCCGAGCCGAGGGCACCUGCAUGCUCAUGUCCCCACGCUUCGCUUUCCGGUCCCUCGCCGGCUCCCGGCAUGGCUGGUGGCACCAGGACAGGCAGUGGGAUCACUGCCCAGCAGGUGCCAGUGUUCCCAGCCUGGCUGGCUGUUCCCAGCCUGGCCACAGAGCCACAGCUCUUUCCUCCAGGGCCAGCUGGGAUGCGACGGGAAUCCCGGCCCAGCAGAAAGACAAGUGUAAAUAGCCCAUUCCCUACCAGUGUGCCCUCCUCUAGGACGGUCCCAUUCGUUCCCUCGUUGCUCUGGCAUUAAGUUUUCCUAAUUUAUUGGAUGGGUGCUAUCUCGUUGACUCACACCAGGGAGUUUCUCCCAGCUGCAGGAGAGCCGUGUUGCGGGACAACGCCGAGCAGCUCCUUGGUGAAUCCCUGAGGAGCCCCCGUGGCCGGCUCACCCGGGGCUCCUCUCCAGCCGUUCUCCCCCCGUUCUUUAGGAUGUUCAUGGUGCUUAUUAGACCCCCAGUGAUUGUAAGACGUCGUCCCCCCGUGCCGCGAUGGUAGCUGCACUCAGCCGCUGUACUGACGAGAAGUGUCAUGUUUGCUGUUCUAAUAAAGGACUUUUAUGAGAGAA